AUGAAAGCAUUAUUAUUUAUUCUUAUUAUUUAUUGUGCUGUUGCUGAGAUUAUAACCUUUAAUAAAUAUAGUAAUGAAACAAAUGACAAACAUUGUUCAAAAGAUCUACUAGUUUCAAGUACACCAAUUAAUAUUGGAAAAUGUUAUACAUUUUCUAAAGUGUUUGGAGUAGAAAAGAUAUUAGAAAAAUAUCCAUAUUUCAUUGUUAAUGAAAUUAAAAACACAAACAAUGAAAUCACAGGGUAUUGUAUUAAAUAUUCUGUUAGUAGUGAAUGUGCUAUUGAAUCAGAAGAAGACCAAAUUGGUUUAGUUAAUGAAUGUCAUAAUUAUAAAUCAAUAAAUGAUUAUGAUUACUCUUAUGAAAUAAAGUCAGGAAACGUUGAUGAUGAAACAAAUACUUCAGUUCCACUUUAUGUUUUGAUGGUCCUUUCUUUUAUGCUUUUAAUUUAA